AUGAAUCGACUGGUGAUGGCCAAUCCCGAAGUGCAACUGUUUGAAGACAAGCUUGUCCGGAGUUGUCCUGAACUGGACGAAUUUCGUACUACAUGCGAGCUAACUGACCUUACUAUUCAGGUCUGCAUCAAUACUCAUGGACUAGACUUGUAUACGGGUCGGAUUGAAAUCACCUGUACCAAUGCGAUGAACAUGAUUUGGGUUAGCAAAGCAGUUGUCGCUGCCUUGCGUGGAAUAUUGGACUGCUACAUUUUUAUCUGCCAGGUACCUUGCUUUGCUGAUCUGAGCAUUGUUAAAUGCGUGUGUGCAGCGCACAAAGGCAUUUUUCGAGGCAACCGUUUCUACCGCCCUUUUCAUGAAACUUCCUGCCGACUAAUACCCUCCAUUUUGCAAGGCGAUGACCUGCAAGCGGACAGAAAAGAGAAGGUUUUCGAGGCAAUUAAAAAAUGGGUCCAUCCAACCGGCACUUUGGAUGAAGACAGAAUUAUUCAUGCUCCAGAGAUGCUCAAGGAGGUGCGCUGGAUUCAAAAGAAGAACAGUUUUAGGAGACGUCUGGUCACGAGUAGCGACCCCAUCGCCAGCAGCUUAGACUGUAUGUAUGCCUACCAUUUUUUCUUAUUUCUCCUUAACUGCUAG